GGUUUGCCUGCGAAGCCGAUGAGGAAAUAAGGCGGCGUCACACGCGCCCUCCUGACAGUUCGCCCCGGCGAAUGUGGCCGGCGCGGUGAGGAGCUGGCAGCCAGGCCCCGCGGCCGCGCCGAGCAAGGGGCUGCCAGGGCCGGGGCUCUGCCGCCCCCGGGAACCAUGUUCUCCCGGAAGAAGCGGGAGCUGAUAAAAACCCCCUCCAUCUCCAAGAAGAGCCGGGCGGGAAGCCCCGUCCCACAGACCCUGCCGGACCUUUCCCGCAAGGAUUGCCUGGAAACACCUGGCUCCAGCCUGGGGGAGCUGCCGCCCUCCAGCUCCAAGCUCAGCACCAGCCCCAGCGCCGUGGGGACCCUCAAGCGCCCCACCAGCCUCAGCCGCCAUGCCAGCGCCGCCGGCUUCCCCCUCACCGCGGCGGGCCCCAGAGCCGUGCCCAAGGGCCACAAGACCCCCACGUCCUAUAGCCCCAUGGAGGGCGGGGAGGGCCCCUUCAUCGACACCGAGGACAUCUCCCAGCUGCUGGCCGACGUGGCCCGCUUCGCCGACGCCCUGGAGAACCUGCGGGACGUGGUGCUGCGUGACGACCCCAAGGAGCCCCAGCGGCCGCUGGCCCACGAGUGCCUGGGUGAAACCCUGCGCAUCCUGCGCCAGGUCAUCAACAAGUACCCGCUGCUCAACACCCUGGAGACCCUGACGGCUGCCGGGACCCUCAUCUCCAAGGUCAAGGGUUUCCAUUACGAAUCCAACAAUGAGACGGACAAGCGGGAGUUCGAGAAGGCCGUGGAGACCAUCGCAGUGUCCUUCAGCAGCACCGUGUCCGAGUUCCUCAUGGGCGAGGUGGACAGCAGCACCAUCCUCUCCAUCCCACCCAGCGACCAGAACCAGACUAUGGAGAGCCUCUACGGGGGGAUCCCGGGGCCUGGAGGAGACGGCAUGCCUUCGGGCAUGGAGAGCUAUGACACGGGCCGGCCGCCUGCUGAGGAAGUGGACGUGAUGCUGCAGCGCUGCGAGGGGGGUGUAGAUGCCGCCCUCCAGUAUGCCAAAAACAUCUCCAAGUACAUGAAGGACCUCAUUGGGUACCUGGAGAAAAGGACCACGCUGGAGAUGGAUUUUGCCAAAGGGCUCCAGAAGAUGGCAAACAGCUGCAAGCAAACCAUCAGUCAGGAGACCAACAUGCCCUUCCUGUCCAUCUACCUGCUGGCCCUGGAGCAGGACAUGGAGCACGGGACAUCAGUUCUGCAGGCUGCCAGCACCCUGCAGCACCAAACCUUCCUCCAGCCGCUGACGGUGAGACGCCUUGAACAUGAAAAACGGAGGAAGGAGAUCAAGGAGCAGUGGCACCGGGCGCAGAGGAAACUGCAAGAGGCUGAGGUGAACCUGCGCAAGGCCAAGCAGAUAUACAUGCAGCGCAGCGAGGAGCAUGACAAGGCCAAGUACAUGGCAGUGAAAGCGGAAGAAGAGCAGCAGAACACCACCAGCAGCAUCACCACCAAAACCCUGGACAAGAAGAGGCGGCUGGAAGAGGAAGCCAAGAACAAGGCAGAAGAGGCGAUGGCCACAUACCGGACCUGUGUUGCGGAUGCAAACACCCAGAAGCAGGAGCUGGAGGAUACCAAGGUGAACUCCUUGCGGCAGAUCCACGAAGUGAUCAAACAGAGCGACCAGGUCAUCAAGACGGCCACAAUCUCCUUCUACCAGAUCAUGCACAUGCAGACGGCUCCACUGCCCGUCAACUUCCAGACGCUGUGCGAGAGCAGCAAGCUCUACGACCCCGGGCAGCAAUACGCCUCCCACGUCAAGCAGCUCCAGCGAGGGGAUGAACCCGACAUCCAGUACGACUUUGAGCCCUACGUGUCACACAACGCUUGGUCCCCCUUUACUCGGACGCGGAAAGGCAGCUUCAAUGCCAACGACUUCUCAACGAACACCGGCUCCAACGGGGCUGGGCUGCCCAAGGACGGGGCGGGCUCGGAAGGGGGGGCAGGAGCCAAGGAGCACCAAAGCGGGGCUGAGCGGAGAGGUGGGAGGGGACACCAGGUCCAUAAAUCCUGGCCGACCACCAUUACUGAAGCUGACAGCAGCCUGGAUUCAAACGCAGGUGAAUUUGGCUGUAAGCUCCAGCGGCUGUCUUCCAACGGCACCAUGUCCUCCAGCGAAGAGCUGGAGGAGAAGGAUGAGACCGCCACCACCUUUGAGCAGAGCAUCAAUGGGAUGACCCCAGAGAUGACGGCUCCAACAGGGCCCUUCCGGAACGUCGGCUUAUCCAAGGCUGCCCAGACUCAUCGGCUGAGGAAGCUCCGCGCCCCUUCCAAGUGUCGGGAGUGCAACAGCUACGUUUACUUCCAGGGAGCAGAAUGCGAGGAGUGCUACCUGGCCUGCCACAAGAAGUGCCUGGAAACCUUGGCCAUCCAGUGUGGGCACAAGAAACUCCAAGGGAAGCUGCAGCUUUUCGGGCAAGACUUCACCAAGGCUUCUCAGAGUAGCUCAGACGGCAUCCCCUUCAUCAUCAAGAAGUGCAUUUCUGAGAUCGAGAAGCGGGCACUGAAAACCAAGGGCAUCUACCGAGUUAAUGGUGUCAAGACCCGCGUGGAGAAGCUUUGCCAGGCAUUUGAGAACGGGAAAGAGCUGGUGGAGCUGUCCCAGGCCUCCCCUCACGAUAUCAGCAACGUCUUGAAGCUCUACCUGCGGCAGCUGCCCGAGCCCAUUAUGCCGUUCCGCAUGUACAACGAGCUGAUGGGGCUGGCCAAGGAGAGCUUGCAGGGCAGUGAGGCCAAGGGCAAGAGCGGGAAAGGGGGCCCUGAGCUGGUGGACAAAGGAGCCGACACGGACAAGGUGGUGGCGAACCUGGUGCUGAAGCUGAAGGAGCUGCUGAAGGAGCUUCCCUGGGAGAACAUGGCCACGCUCCAGUACCUCCUGCAGCACCUGAGAAGGAUCGUGGAAGUGGAACAGGACAACAAGAUGACCUCAAGCAACCUGGGCAUUGUCUUUGGGCCAACACUGAUGCGCCCAAGGCCCACAGAUGCCACUAUUUCUUUGUCCUCGCUGGUUGAUUAUCCGCACCAAGCUCGCAUCAUCGAGGCUCUCAUCAUCUUCUACUCGACCAUCUUUGAGACCAAGGAGACCACGGUGCUGGCCGACUCCAGCAAAUACGGCACAGACAGCAAGGAGGAGGCAGCCAGCUGCUCCGAGCGGGCCAGCGCAGGCUCCCAGCCUGCAGCUCCUCCUGGCAGUGUCCCCUACCUACAGCUGCCUUCGGAGAAGGGGAACCUGGAUUACAGCGCUGACUCCUUCGCAGAGCCCGGUGACCGCUCCGUCGACUCCGACUCAGAGCUGGAGGACAGCGGGGAGCUGCUGGCCGCCGCGGACGGGGCCCCCCGAACCCAGCUAACGAAGCAGGAGAGCGAAACCAGCACAGACGAAGCUCAGUUCGGCGAUGACGGGAGCGAGGGACAGCGGAGCCGGAGCUGCAGCGUGGGCCAGUGGGAUGCGGGGGGCAGCGCUCCCCGCUGCUGCAGCCCCCCGGGAGAGGAGCAAAGCGACGCAGAAGAGUAUCCUGAGAGCUGCCCCGCCGACACGGACUACAACACAAACCAGUCCAACAACGCAGCUGGGCACGCGGCAGCCAGGAGCCCGGGCAGCCACCAGCAGCAGCCCCGGUUUAUUUAAGCCACUGAGCAAAAGUACCGCGGACGCUGGGACGGGGCAAAAGGGGCAAAAUCCAGAUGCUGCCCCGGCGUAGUGACGUGGGAAGCUGUGAUGGGGCGGGGAGGGGCAGCGCAGGGGGGUUUGGUGUGUCGGCUGCAGGCAAGAUCUCGCUGUUUGGAGCUUUCACACAAAACCCCCGAGCCCCUCGGCUCCCGGCGGGGACAAUCCGGCCAGUCUGGGAGCCCUGGCUGGGGCCAGCAGCCCACAAAGCACAUUUCUUGGGAAGGAGUUGAAGCAGGGCAGACCCUUCGCUUGUUGUUCAGGACUGGGAAGGGACCCAGCGCUUUGUCAUGCCCGGGCCAGGCUGCAGGCUUAAUUUUUGCCACACUCCUUAAUCCCAUGCCGCUACUGCAGAAAUCAAAAUAGGACAAAUCAAAGGGUCUGAUCAUCCUCGCUGGCUGCAGCUGGAAGGGGAGACGAGGCUGCCAGAAGGACACGCGGAGAGUUCCCCGACAGCGGCGGGGGGGGGGGGUGGGAAGAAGGGCCCUGCAGCCAGGCACGGGCACCGCACGGACAGACGGACAGUGCCCAGCACCACGCGCAGGCUGGCUCUGCCGGCCCGGGGAGCUGCUCCCCGGCAAGGCAACGCGGCCAGAGGAGCGCGGGGAUCGGCACAAACCGCCCGCACCAUCUCGCCCAGAGCCGGCCUUGGCUUCAGGGCUGCAGCUGCGCUGCUUGCCAGGCCCUGCACGGUACAUUUAUCAUUUAUAACUGACUGUACCAGGCCUCCAACGUCUAGCGAUGAAUUGAUUGCAUCAGCACUUCUAAGCAACACAGGACUCAAGGGGCGACCUGCCUGUCCUGGCUCGGCUGACAAGGUUUGCGUUGCUGUUUGUAUUUAUGGGCAUUUUUCUACUUGGCGGGAGCCACGCGAAGAGCAACCUGCAGGCUGUGAGCAAGCUCAGGGGACAGGUGCUCCUGGCUGCAGGGUCCUGAGCAUUGCAUGAUCUCUCAGGGUUUUACUUUUUUUUUUUUUUUGGUAGACAUUUGGUCUCCAAAAAUCUUAAGUUGCAAGUCCAGGACUACACCUCUGCUCUUCCAGCUGGCCCUGAGGUGGCACUGGGCAGAGCAGGUCACCCCAGGGAGCUGCCUCCUUCUCCUCCUCGGGACUGCCAGGGCCUGAAUCGAGCCACAGCCCCUCCCAAUGCAAGAGGUUUUUUUUUUUUGGUUUUGUUUUUUUUUUUUUUUGUAGAGAUAACCCUUCAACAUGAACCCACUACCUCUUCUGGCAAAGGAACUUCAGGGUUUAAACAAGACCAGCCAAAGUAUUUUUUUAAAGCUAUGAGACUUUUCUGCACUGAAGCAUAGAGAAACAAGUAGAUUUCUAGGUUAGAAAGGGCUGAAAGCUGCUUCCUCCUGUUACCCUGCUCGUACCUGGCUGCAUUCGGUCCCGCAGGGCCAAGCGAUGGGGAGGGGGCUCAAGGGCUUGCACAGGCUCCUCGCCACAAAGCGGCUCCUGAGAACCAGCACCAAUGCAAUGCUGGUUUCUCAGGAUUAGCCAGACCCUUCCCCGUGAGGCGCUGGACACCGGGUUGCCUCCCUCUCGCUCUGCUCGCGCACCCGCCCCAGCGCGACGGCGGAGGCAGGUCCCCGGCCGAGGGAGCCGAGCGAGCGGAGCAGCAGCCACGUCCCCGCUGCAGGAACGGUGAGCGGCGGCUGGAGGGGGCCAGGGCACCUUGGUACUGGAGAAUUGGGCUGGGGACAGAGGCUGUGCCCAGCCCGGGGGAGAUGUGAGGCCCCACGGCUGCCAGAGCUCUCCCGGACUGAUGGGAAACGCAUCUCAGCAUCGCAGGGCAAAGGUACACAAGCCCCGCGGUGACCUGCAGCUGCGCGGUUCGUAACGGAUCCAGGGAGGAGCUGGACACCUGCGAGACGUUCAGCUCCGCAGCUCUUCAACAAGGCGGCUGGAUUCUUCCAGCAGGUCCUUUCCACGGUGGCAAGAGCACCCGGGUGGUGCCAGGUGUUUGCAAGGGUGGACGGCGGGUGAACGUGAGUGAGGGAAGGUGCAAAAGCUCCGCUUGAGCUUCACACGGUGACAGGCACCCUUCUGGCUGUGUAUUAUUUCAGCGUGGAAAAAGUAACGCAUGUUUGUUAUGACAUGUCUGUACUGCUGUAUGAAGCUGUGUUACGUGCUUUGCUGUGUUCGGAUGGACACGCUUCCAAAAAAAUAAAUAAAAUGUGUGUGUUCCAA